AAAAGUCAAAAAGCCUACAUAAUAUACAAAUGCAAAACAGAAUUGUAGUUGUUGAAGAGCAGUUUGUAGCAUUUACAGAAAGAAUUGUAUCACUUGAACUACAACAGAAUCACCCUAUCUAAAAAUAUCAAGGAUUUAUUUGAAAAAAAAAGACAACGUUGGCUGAAAGAUGACGAACAAUUUUUUGAAACUGCAGCCACCAGGAAGAUACUAGGUGUUGUAAAAGACAAUACUGUGACAGUCAUAUCUGGUAAUUCUGGAAUGGGUAAAACAGCUACUGCACAUCAUAUUGCGUUAAAUUUACAACAAAAUGCAGGAUACCAGAUCUUGCCAAUUGCUGACCCAAAGGACAUUGCGAAAUAUUAUAUAAAGGGGCUUGCACAAGUAUUUGUUUUUGAUGAUUUAUGUGGAGUGUUCAAUAUUGAUCAGCUUUUGAUUAAUUCUUGGGACAAAGUUUCGAGUGAGAUUCUGACAUUUUCUGAGGAAGAUAAUCAUUUUCGAAUCCUUGUUACUUGUAGAUUGCAAAUAACAAAAAAUCAACAGUUCAGAAAAUUAUCAGACAAAUUGAAUAUGAAAGAUUGCAAUCUUCUUUCGAAAGAUUUGGCUUACACAAAUGGUGAAAAAUUGAAAAUUGCCUCUUGUCAUAUGGAUCAAGAACAUGUGCAUAAACUUAGCAAGGAGACCAUCAGUAGCCUGGACAUGUUUCCAUUUCUUUGUGAUAUGUUUGGUAAAUCUGACGACAAAGAUAUGAAAAUGUUUGAAUUACCUAUUCAAUAUUUUGAAGAACAGUUUGAUCAGAUGCAGUAUCAAGAUGAGGAGUGUUUCCUCGGACUGGCGUUGCUAGUUAUUUACAAUGACACAAUUGAAAUAAAUGUCUUCAAAGAUGAGAGUAUAGACACAGGAUUCAAGAAGAUCUUUAAAGAAGUAAUUGAAACUUUGGAAUUAACGUACCGUCCUUCUAAAUUGCGUGUCCUCAAAAAGUUAGACACCUUAGUUGAUACUUAUAUUACAAGUUAUAUUGAAAACAAUGAAUCAAUAAUAACUAGCAAACAUGACAUAGUUUUUGAUUCACUAUCUUUAUAUUUUGGAAAGAAAAUGACAAAAACUCUAGUGAAAUAUGCUACACCAUAUUUUAUUUCAGAUAGAAUCCAGUUUGAGUCUUUAGAAGAAGAUCAUGAUGAAUAUACCAUUAUGAUACCUCCAUGCUUGGAACAUUCAUACUUUGAUCGCAUGGCAGAGGAGAUAAUACAUAAGAAUUUUUAUGAAGUAUUUGGGAACCAACAAUCAUGUUUUAAAACAUAUCAAGAGAAAUUUAUCGAUUUCUUCUUUAAAAAGAAAGAUAUUUUGGAAAUAUUGUUGCACAAUAGGUGGCCUAUUUAUCUUUCAUCAAAGUAUGGAUGUAGUAUUGUUGUACAGUUUUUGUUGGAACAAAAAACUGCAUUAGAUUUGAAUCAUGAUUCUGAAGAUGAGAGAAGCUUAGAAAUAUAUGUUGAAGACAGUGACACUGAAUAUUAUGACCUUACAUUGGAUAAAUACCGAAUCAUGCAUAAAAAUGCGCCCCUAGCAGCAGCAUGUACAGAGGGUCAUUCACAAAUUGUUCGAUCUCUUGUCAAAUAUGGAUAUGAUAUUGAUGGUGUUCUUUGCCCCUUGUUUGCUGCAUGUCAUAAUGGCCAUACCGACAUCGUGAAUUUUCUGCUUACCUGUAAUUGUGAAGUUGAUACAAAAAAUUGUCAAGGUCAAACAGCCCUUCAUGGUGCGUGUAUGAACGGCAACAUCGGAAUUGUUAUUGCACUAUUAGAAAGAGGUUGUUGCAUCAACGAACAAAACUAUUGUAAAGAGACCCCUUUAUUUAAUGCUUGCAAGCAUGGUUAUCAUGAUGUUGUGAACAUUCUCCUGACAUUUAAUUGUGGUAUUAAAAUAUGUAAAUACUUUAGUGAAAACUUUCUGCAUGCUGCUUGUAAAAAAGGUCGUAAAGAUAUAGAGGAAGUAUUAAUAAGAACUAAAUGUGAUGUUCAUGUCAUAAGUAUAUUUGGCAGAACAGCACUGCAUGAGGCUUGCUCUUCAGACUACACUCAAGUCUUAGAUGAAGAGGAUGAUACUUGGUCAAGUCAUGGCGAGGAAGAUGAUACUUGGUCAAGUGAAUGCAAGGAAGAUGACGUUCAGUAUGAUGAACCUAAAGUUGAAAAUGGCAAAAAUGUAAUCAAAGAUAAAAUUUUAGACAGCAUUGAAACGUUUCGAAAAGGCAUUGUGGAAAUGUUGUUGCACAAUAACGUAAACAUGUCUAUAGCUGAUGGUUAUGACUAUACUGCACUUCAUAUGGCAGCUAGAAGUGGCUAUCCAACAAUAGUAGAUGUUUUGUUGAAGAAGUUGCUUGAAAUAAAUAAAAUGGCAUUGGUAAAUGAAGAUACUCCAAUUGAUAUUGAAAAAGAAAUCAUACCACCCUUUUUUUGCUCAAGUAGUAAAAGUGUUGUUAAUGUGUUUGUGCAACAUAACUGUAACAUACAUGUACUUGAUUCCUGUGGUCGAAAUGCUUUACAUUAUGCUAGUGAACGCGGUUCUUUAGAAAUGGUAGAAAUUUUGUAUGAAAUUGGUUGUAAAAUAGAUGAUUUAACUGCUUCCGGAAAGAGUGUUCUACAUGCAGCAUGUCGGGGAGGAAAUGAGGAUAUUGUGGAUUUUUUCCUAAAGAGAGGAUGUGACGUUGACCAUGCUGACAAUUGGGAUGAAACUCCUUUAUUUAUGGCCUGUGAGGGAUCAAACUGUAAGAUUGUAGAUAUAUUGAUAAAAUAUCACUGUGAUGUUAAUAAAAUCAAUACUGGUGGCUGCAAUUCUUUACAAAAACCCAGUUUAAAUGGUCAUGCUGACAUAGUUGAUAUUUUGCUGAAAAAUGAAAUUAAUAUCAACCAGGCUGAUAAUUGGAACACCACACCACUGUUUUAUGCAUGUCUUCAUGGUAACAUAGAUGUUAUCAAUUUAUUGAUAGAGAAUAAAUGUGAAGUAAAUAUUCCUAAUAAAGAAGGAAACAUUGUUUUACACAUUUCAUGCUGGUUAGGACAUCUAGAAAUGACACAAUUAUUAUUACAAAAUCACUCGAACAUCGAUCAAGCUGAUAACUUAAAACUAACACCUUUACAUCUGGCAGCCACAGAAGGAUACAACGAUAUAGUUGAAAUAUUGAUUGAAAAGGGUUGUGAUAUAAAUGCUUGUGACAUCAAUGGACGAAAUGCUUUGCAUUAUGCGUGCAUGCAGAAGGUAGAACAUGGAAAUAUUAAUUUUUUAAGUGGGUUCUCGCGAUAUCGUCGACAGGAACAUUAUCAUAAAGAGGUUGUUGUCCUCCUACUGCAAAAUAAAUGUGAUGCAAAUCAACAAGAUACCUUUGGUCAGAUGCCUUUGCAUUUAGCAUGCGAGACACAUACAUCACAUAGAUACAUAAGAUGUAUGACUGAUACCGUAAAACUGUUAUUAGAGAGUGGUUGUGACAUAAAUAAGUGUGAUUACUCGCACAGGUCACCAUUCCUUAUUGCCUGUGAAAAGAACGGAUAUGAAUCUGAAGAGAUUGCGAAAGCUCUGGUUGAAAACAACUGUGAUGUCAAUAUCAAAGAUAGCAAUGGGCAAACCGCUCUUGAGAUUUGUAAUUCAAAUGGAAUUACUUGGAUUACUGAAACUUUGCUUCACAGUCAACAUUUUAAAAAUGAAGUUACAAAGGAAAAUACUUAAAUUCAUGUCUCAAUUAUUAUCUAUAAGAUAAAGUAAUCAGUACUUAAGUAA